AGACCCACAGUUAAAGCUUCAUGUGAAUUCUGCUGUGACAAGUGUCAUGCUGCGUUGGAGGGAGAUAACAUACUGCGCUGUUUCAGUUUGUCCUGCUCACAUACUGUAAGAAGACAGCAACUGGUCCUUAGGUUGCAGAAUCUUCAGAAGGCUGUUCAAAAGGCUCGAGAGCACAUACAGGAGAACCAUCCAGAUGUGGCAAUAGGACUGCUAACGUCUUGUUUAUCUGAAGCCAGUGAAUUUCUUUCGAACAAUCAUAUGUUGGUUGGCGAGAUUUUUGAUCAUUUGGCACAGGGUGAAGCAUCAAGAGGUGAUUGGGUCACAGCAGCAAGGCAUCUUAAAAAAAGUAUCCAGAUUGUGACACAGCGUUUUGGAGCCUCCAGUUUAGAAGUUGGACAUGAAUUGUUUAAGCUGGCACAGAUCCUAUUUAAUGGUGUGGCAGAUGCAUUGAGUACUAUUGUGAGAGCUCAGCAUAUACUUUGUUUGCAUUAUGGACCCGACCAUUGCUUAAUCCAAGAGCUGCAUGAAAUGAAGACGUGUCUGCAGGAGCUCCCUGGAAUGGAUGCUUCACUGGAGAGAAAAUGCUACAGCUAG